CAACUUUGAUAACCCAGAUCGUCUUCACUUUCUCAUCUAUCUACCUCUUCUCUCCUCUACUAAGUUCUUGUGCUUCAUCAACCUCCUUGAUCAUUCCUUGUAGUGCUUAAUCAAGAACCAUAUAUACAAUGGCUGCUUCAGCUUCCAUGCAAUCGAUAUUCCUAACAAACUCCGUCGCUUAUGGAGCUGGAAAGAAGAGCUCAGUCAGAGUAAACCAACUUGUGCCAACUCUUCACAGGUACCCUAACAUGAGGGUGCGCUCCAUGGCUGAGGAUGGUCUACCUGAGGAGAAACCAUCUACAGUUUCAGAACCAUCAAAGAUUCCAUCAGCAGCACCUACACCUACACCUUUCCCACCACCACCUAGAACUCCCAAGGUUAGCACCAAGUUCGGGGACGUUUUCGCCUUCAGCGGCCCAGCACCUGAAAGAAUCAACGGCAGACUCGCAAUGGUGGGCUUUGUUUCAGCUCUGGCAGUGGAAGUGGUAAAGGGCCAGGAUGUGUUUUCUCAGAUCUCCAACGGUGGAGUCUCGCUGUUUCUCGGCACUAGCAUUUUGCUAUCAGUUGCAUCUGUGAUUCCUCUUUUUCAAGGAGUCAGUGUGGAGUCAAAAUCGAAGGGGCCCCUUUGGACCUCAGAUGCUGAAUUGUUGAAUGGAAGACUGGCCAUGCUAGGUUUGGUAGCUUUGGCCUUCACUGAGUAUGUCAAGGGUGGAACCCUUAUUUAAGUCUCUUUAGGGACCAUAGGGUUGUAAAAGUCCGUUCAUAUUUAGCAGUUACAAAUAUCAAUGAGAAGGUUAUAUUUUCAUA